AGUCGAUCAAGAUCUCGAGACAAACCAAGCCAAAAUAUUUCUUCAAUCUGUUAUUCAUAUAAUACUAAAUACUUAUCUAUUAAUGAUCUUCCUUAUAAUCUCAGAGUUGUCAUAAGACAUCAAGUUUUUUGGAUCAUUAAAAGAAUGCCAGCUCAAAGCCAAUUAAAAUUAGAUCAAAUAUUCAGUUCUCAAAAAGAUUUAGUAAAUAAUACUAUAGUUUCAACAGUAAUGAGUACAUUAGAUUUAGAAAUGUUUCCAGUUUCUGAAGCUAUCAUGUAUGAUAUGAUUCAUCAUUGUCAUAAGCAUAAGCAUGAGGAGCAUUUGUUUAAACAGCAACCUAUUAAGCGAACAAAUAGGUCGAAAACAAUUGAACAUCUACGUGCAAUUAAUGAUCUACUGGUUAGGUUAUUUAGAAAUCGAGAGCUUAGGCCAAUUAAAAACAGCAAUAGAUACCAUUUACCAGAAGUUUCAAAAACAGAUGAAGAGAAUCCUUCCGGUAAAAAAAAGGUCGUUACCAAGGAUUUGAGAUGGCGAUCAACUACUGAUACUGUUGGUUAUUAUGAAAAGGAACUAUCGAAGCCAUUUUUGGCGCCAAAUUGGUUAGUUAGUGGCUACGAAGG